GGUAGAAUUCGCUGGGCAGCGAAAAACCUAAGCGUUCUAGGCAGGACAGGAGUACGCAUAUUGGAGCGCAGCCCCGAGCCAAUGUCGGUUUGUAUGGCGGAGAGGACAGUGUCCAGCGGUAACAGCCUCCCGCAGAGCAACCCAGGCAAAAAACACAAAAAGAAAAACAAGAAGCACCGCAAAGCCACCAGAGAGAUCGUCCCCAGCUUGGAGCUCGGGCCCCAAAUCCCGGCCUCAGAUGAACUGUGCCACAUCCUCACCGUCCACAGACCCACCACUCCUCCAGACACAGCCCCCUCUCCUCCUCUGAACCUCUCCCAAAGUCCUCCAGACCUACAGCCCGCAGCCUCCAUCCUUCACUCACCCCCCAUCUCAGUCCCAGUCACAGCGCUUCCUUCACAUACCAUACUACCAUCACCAGAGACAGCUACUGCUUCCAUAGCACCUUCCUUAGGCUUGCCUUCUGCGUUUUCCACAACCCCUCCUACUCCAUUAGCACCGUCCAAUCAGACCUCCCCACCACAGGCUCUCAGCCCACCCCCACCAGACUUUACCCCACCCCCAGCAGAACUACUAGGGUCCGAUGAUGAAGAGCAGGAGAAUCCAGCAGAUUACUGCAAAGGUGGGUAUUACCCAGUGAAGAUCGGAGACCUGUUUAAUGGCAGAUAUCAUGUAGUCAGGAAGCUAGGAUGGGGCCACUUCUCCACUGUAUGGCUGUGCUGGGAUCUUCAGAGAAAACGAUUUGUGGCCCUAAAGGUGGUGAAGAGCGCGCCACAUUAUACAGAGACUGCACUGGAUGAGAUUAAACUACUGAAAUGUGUUCGAGACAGUGACCCCACGGACUCUAAACGGGAGAGUAUAGUUCAGCUCAUCGAUGAUUUCAAAAUAUCGGGAGUGAAUGGCGUCCAUGUGUGUAUGGUGCUAGAGGUGCUUGGGCACCAGCUGCUGAAGUGGAUCAUCAAAUCCAAUUACAUGGGGCUGCCUCUGGUCUGCGUGAAGAGCAUCCUCCGUCAGGUUCUAGAGGGUCUGGAUUACUUACACACCAAAUGCAAGAUCAUUCAUACGGACAUAAAGCCAGAGAACAUCCUUCUGGACGUAACGGAUGUGUAUGUGAGACGGCUAGCGGCAGAGGCCACGCUGUGGCAGAAGGCUGGAGCUCCUCCCCCCUCCGGCUCCUCUGUUAGCACGGCUCCAAGGGACAAACAGAUGGGCAAGUUGUCGAAGAACAAGAAGAAGAAGUUGAAGCGGAAAGCUAAGCGGCAGCAACGGUUGCUAGACGAGAGGUUGCAGGACCUGCAGAGGAUGGAGGAGAUGGAUGGACUCGUGCCAGCAGAAGGUUCUGGAAACUCCCGGACGCUCUGGAGCCUCAGUGAAAAUGGAGAGGAAACAGAUGCACAUGCACAGAUGAAUGGUAAUGGGUACUAUCCACCGGGCAUUAAGGGCAGUCCAGAGUCCGGCUCAUACUGGCCUGAGGAUGGCUGUAACGGUUUCGGACCACUGCGCUUCUCCAGCCCCGGAUCAGCCCUGUCCGGAACGUCCAGCUCCAUCCUGUCUGCUACCUCGGAGUCUGCACUUUCCACUCUGUCUGGAUACUCCACAGAGAGAGACAGUCAGCGGUCACUCUUAUCCCCUAACACUUUCAGUGCUGCAGAUUUCCUGGUGAACCCUCUGGAACCUCAGAAUGCAGAUAAAAUCUGCAUCAAGAUCGCAGACUUGGGCAACGCUUGCUGGGUGCACAAGCACUUUACAGAAGACAUUCAGACACGCCAGUACAGAGCGGUGGAGGUACUGAUUGGGGCAGAGUACGGCCCCCCAGCAGAUAUCUGGAGCACAGCAUGCAUGGCAUUCGAGCUGGCCACAGGAGACUAUCUGUUUGAGCCUCAUUCAGGGGAAGACUACACUCGAGAUGAAGAUCACUUGGCUCAUGUCAUUGAGCUCCUGGGCCCCAUUCCUACUCAUUUUGCUCUCUCUGGAAGAUACUCAAGAGAGUACUUCAACCGCAGAGGUGAACUGCGGCACAUCAGUAAUCUGAAGCCGUGGGGUCUGUUUGAGGUGCUGCUGGAGAAGUACGAGUGGCCGCUGGAGCAGGCGGCUCAGUUCAGUGACUUCCUCCUCACCAUGCUGGAGUUUGUGCCAGAGAAACGAGCUACUGCAGCAGAAUGCCUGCAGCACCCCUGGAUCAGCUCCUAACACACACACCCACACUUUUGAAACCACUCACUCACUCUUAGUGCAGUUUGCGUCUUGAAGGUCAGCUUGGUAGCCUGCCCACAGGUACACACUCACUCUUCAGAAUGUAUCGUCAGUAUUAAAGCAAGACUGAAAAAACAGUACUCUGAGCACACAUUAUUCUUAGCUAGAACCUCAAAUCUACGAUUUUUUUAUAUAUAAUAUAUAUAUUUAAAGAAGCUUUGAUCUUUGCUCUCUACAUGGUGGAGAUGUCUGUAGUCUGUUGACGGUUUUCAUUGUAUGGUCAUCUCAAUGUGUAGGAUGGUCACAUGUUUAUAUGUUACAAUAGUGCCUUGACAUGCCCUGAAUUAAAAACAAAAAACAGUGGAGGAAAAGAAUAAAAAAAGAAGCCUUCACUUUUUAUAUUUGUUCGCCGUGUGAGGAAUGCUUGUUGUUUGUGAACAUACAGCACUAUAAAGACUUGACAGAAUAAAGACAUGAACUAUUGAACCCGUGUACUACUGACAAAUAAAUCACUCUGAAUCAA